AUGGUACAUCCCGACGGGAGAAUAAAAGCCACUCCUAAGGAGAUCAAAAAGUAUGAACAGUUUUUGCAGGAGAGGUAUCGUAACAAGACUAUGGAGUUGUACAAGGAUAGAAGUUCGUUAAAAGAUUCUGAAUUAGGGAAGCUUCGUUUGAAGAAAAUAUGUAAGAAAUCUGCAAAAGAUCCCGAGGACGUCUCGGCAAAGGAUAAAACUCUUGCAAUUGAAAAGCAAGCAGACAAAAAGGACUCCGUAAAGCAAAAAAGAAUGACGUUAGAGAGGAAUGGUCAGAAGUCGGGCAAUUUGUCUAAAUUUACAACUCUGUCUCCAAAAAGCAUGACCUUAAGAGAAAGAACAGAUUCUUCCACAGCUAAAUUGAGGGAUAACAGUUAUAUAGUCACAAAAGAGGGCAUUUUGAAGAGUGAAGAAAAAUGUCUUUCACGUAAAUCCGUUCCAAAGCCGUUUUCCAGCCCUCUAAUUAAGCAAAAACGGAAAGUUUCUGGAAAGUUUCAAGAAAAAUCUAUUGAAUCUAGAAAGCUAACAAAGAAAAGUUCUCUUAAAGUUGUGAGCGAAGAUCGUCAACCUUUCUUAAAAUUAGGAAAGAAGAUCCAAAGAAAGAUCUCCGAACACGAAAGCUUCUUCUCUAAAAGAGACGUUGCGAUCAUGAAAAUGGUUGAGAAAUCAGGGUCAAAUUUAAUGUUAGACAAAAAAAUCAAGCCUGCUUUACUAGCCGCAAAAAAAGAAAGAGAUCAAGAUGAAGAAGAAGAUAAAUCCACAUCGGAUACAGGUGCUGAAAUUAAUCAAUCUGCUUCAGAACAUGAGGAAAUAAGUGAUACUCUCCAAGAUGAUGAACGAAGUGCACAUGCUUCGGAUAAGACGAAACAGGAACUUGUUCUGUGGGAUAAAAGCAGUGAGCGUGCUUCAAGUGAUGAAAAAGAUGAACCAACUCUAAAUGAUGGAAUAAGGGAAGAUGCUCCAAGUGAUGAAAAAGAUGAGCCUUCUCUAAGUGAUGGAAUAAGGGAAGAUGCUCCAAGUGAUGAAAAAGAUAUACCUUCUCUAAGUGAUGGAAUGAGGGAAGAUGCUCUAAGUGAUGGAAUGAGGGAAGAUGCUCUAAGUGAUGAACUUAGAGGAAAUGCUUUUAGCGAUGAAAUAAGUGAAAGAUUCUCAAAUAAUGGAAUGACUGAACGAGAUUUAAGUGAUGCAAAAAGUAAGGGAGCUUUAAGUGAUGCAGGGAAUGAUAUUGCUCCAAUAAAAGAAAAAAGUCAACAUGCUGUAAGUGAUAAAGAUAGUGAGACUGCACUAAUUGAAAGAAAAAGUGAACAUUUUUGUGAUGAGGAAGAAAAAGAACCGGAUCGGAGUGAAGGAAAACAUGAACAUUUUGCAAGUGAUGAAAUAAGAGAAUCGAACCUGAGUGAUAAAGAAAGGGAAACUGCUACAGUUGAUGAAAAAAGAGAGCCUGCUCUAAGUGAAGAAAAAAUUGAACAUCUUGCAAGUGAUGAAAAAAAAGAACCAGACUUGAGUGAACUAGAAAGCGAAUUUGUUACAGUUGAUGAAAAAAGUGAGUUUCCUCAAAGUGAAAGAAUAAGAGAAUCUCCCAUAAGUGAUGAAACAAGAGAAUCGGAUCUGAGUGAUUUAGAAAGUGAAAUUGCUAUAGUUGAUGAAACAAAUGGAACUGCUCUAAGUGAAGGAAAAAGUGAGCAUCUUGUUAGUGAUGAAGUACGGAAACUGGACGUGAGCGAUGAAGAAAGUGAAAUUACUAUAGUUGAGGAAAAAAGUGAAUCAGGUCUAAGUGAAGAAAUAAGUGAAUCUCCUAUGAGUGAUGAAAUAGAAGAACUGGACCUGAGUGAUGUGGAGAGUAAAAUUGCUACAGAUGAUGAAAAAGGGGAAUCUGAUUUAAAUGAAGGAAAAAUUGAGCCUCCUCUGGUUGAAAGAAUAAGUGAGCAUCAUGUAAGUGAUGAAAUAAGAGAACUUGAUGCAAGUGAUGAGAUAAGUAAAUCUACUUCAGUGAGUGAGGGAAAAUAUGACACUUUUCAAGACGGCGAAGAUAAUGAAGUUGAGUUAGAGUAUAAACAAAGUGAAAAUCUACUAAGAGAGGAAAGGAGAGAACUUGCUCUAAGUGAUGAAAAAAGUAUGCCUGCUCUAAAUGAUGAAACAAGUAAAGAUCUUUUAAGGGGUAAAAUCAGGGAGAAAUAUUUAGGUCAAGAAAUAAGUAAUAGAACUGUAAGAGGUGUAGGGAGUGAAAAUGUUCCUACAGAGGAAAGAAGUGAUCGUUCACUAAACAAUGAAAAAAAGUAUACUGCUCUUAGUGGAGGAAUGAGUCAACAUCUUCUUAAAGAUGAAAUAAGGAAUCCACACUUGAGUGACAAAGAAAGCGGAAUUGCUCCAGUUGAUGCAAUAAGAAAACAUGAUUCAGCUGAUGAGAUGAGUAAGCUGGCAGCGCAUGAAGAAAAAUAUCCAGAUUUUCAAACUGACGGAAAAAGUGUUGCUUCCCAAGAAGAACUAAGAGAAACAUCACAAAAUGACGAAGAAGAUGAAACUUCUCAAGAUGACGUGCAAAGUAAAACAACUGAAGCUGACCAGCUAAGUCAAGAUUCCCAAGACGACGAAGAAAGGGAUAUUGCUUUAGAUGUUAGAAUAAAUAAACUCAUUGAAAGAGAUGAAGCAAGUAAAUUUGCACUAACUGAUAAAGUAAGCGAAUCUGCUCUAAGUGAUGAAAUAGGUAAAGACGUUCAUAAUGAUCAAUUAAGUAAACCUGAUAUAAAUGAUGAAAAAAAUGAGCUGGAUAUGGAGGAUGAAACAAGGGAGUCAGAUCCCGGUGAUGAAAUAGAUGACUCUUCUGCAACUGGUGAAAGACGUGAAUCCCGCACUAGAGUUGAAAACAUUGAAUCUACUCUAAGUGAUAAAAUAAGGAAACCUGCUAAAGUUAGGGAAAAAAAGGGGUCUGGCUCAGUUGGUGGAAUGAGUGCACUUGACUCAGAUGAUGAAACUAAUGAAUCUUACUCAGAUGAUGAAAUAAGUAAGCCAGCUACUGUCGAUGAAAAAAGUAUGGCUUUUCAUGAUAACGGAAAUAUUGAUUUUUUUCUAGAUUUUAAAGAUAAUGAAUUUGUUCGUGAUGAUGAAAUACAGGAAGAAAGACCAACUGUCAAGAAAACUGGAUCUUCUUCAAGAACUAAAAGAAGUGAGCCUGAUCUAAGUAAUGAGAGUAGCGAAACUGCUUUAGGAAUUGAGAAAAGCAAACCUACUCAACGUGACAAAGGAAGUGACCGCGUUUUAAGUGAGGAUACAGUUGAACCUACUCGAGUUGAUGGAAAAAGUGGAUCUAAUGUAGUUAGUGUGGUAAGUAAGUCUACUUCCCUAAAUGAAAAGAAAAACACUUCUCAAGAUGACCACAUUAGAGGUGCUCAAGAUUACCAAGAAAAUAAAUUUACUUUAGGUAAGAAAAAAAGUGAAGUAACUUCAGGUGUUGAAAAAAGUGAGUUAACUUUAAAACAUAAAAGAAAUGAACAUAAUUCAGUUGACAAGGCAAGUAAACUUGCUGCAGGAACUGAAGAAAAUAAAGCACCAAGUGCUGACGAAAACAUUGUUACUGCUUACGGUGAAAAGGAUUUUGUUCCAGAUCAGACAAAAAGUCGGGGAACUAUAGAUGAUGAAAAAAGUGAACCUGUUCUGAGUGAUGGAAGAAGAGGUUCUGCUUUAAGUAAUGAAAUAAGUGAACAAACACUGAGUGAUGAAGUAACUAAGCCUGCUCUACUUAAUGAUAGACGUGACUAUGAUUUUUAUAAUGGGCCCACUGAAAUGAGGGAAAAGAAUGAAACUUUUCAAAGUGACAGAAAAAAUGAAACUGUUUACGAAAACAAUGAAUUUGGAGGAAAAAAGAUGGAUAGUAAAGUGACUGCCUCUGAUGAGAAAUGUGAAACUGAUUUAGCUGCUGAAAAAAGUGAGCCUGUUUUAAGUGACGAAAGAAGUAGGCAUGUUGUGAGUGAUGAAAAAAGUGAGCCUGUUAUAAAUAAUGAAAACGUUAGUCUUGCUCUAAAUGAUGAAAGAAAUAAACCUGCUAUGAGGGAUGAAAAAAGCAGAUUUGAUCUAAGUGCUAAAAGAAGUAAAUCUUCUCUGAGCGAUGGAAGAAGAGAAACUGGUCUAGUUGGUGAAAGAAGUAAACAUCCUGUAACUGGUGAAAAAACAAAACUUGCGCCAAGUGAAAAAACUAAACCUGUUUCUGAAGAAAAAAAUGAACCAGUUCCAAAUGAUGAAAGAAAUGAAACUGAUUUAAGUGAGAUCAGUAAGUAUGCUGCCCUGGAUGAAAAAAUUAAAGCUGCCCCGGAUGAAGAAGAAAAAGAAGCUACUCCAGGUGACGAAGAAAGUGAAUUUGGAAUAGAGGAUGAUGAAAAAGAACAUUCUUCAGCAGGUAAAAAUAGCGAACGUGCUUUAAGAGACACAAAUAGUGAAUGUGAUCUAAGUUAUGGAAAAGGUGAGUCGCUUUCAGAUGAAGAUUUACCUAAAGAAACCAACACUGGACAAGCUUACUCAUCUGAAAAUGCAAUAUCAGAACAUAUUAAUUUGAACUAUGAUUUAGUUAGAAUUGAGUCAAGUAAAAAUGCUCUUAAAAAUGAUGACAUGUCUCUGCAUGAAAACGCAUCUUGUUCUACAGAAAAUGCAAAACACAAGUUUCGUAAAACUUCAGAAAAUGAAGCUUCUUUAGAGCAUGGAUGUGCGGUAAUAAGAGGAAAAACAUCAAUUACUUCCUCUAUGAAUGAAAAUGGUUUUUUGAAACUCGCAGACGAUUUAAUUCCGUUAAAAGGUGAAAAAUCAAAAGAAGAUUCUGAAUUUCGUGAUGCUCUAAAAGAAAAAGCUACCUAUAAAAGAUCAGGAAACAUAAAAAAAUCAAGUAACCUAGGUGUAUCUAGGAAAAUUGAACGCACCAAAGACGAUGAAAAACCCUCUCUAAAUCUACAACAAGAUCUUGACUAUACGAAAGAUGAGAAACAGUUGACGCAAAGUGAAAAAAAAGAUUCGCGGUUUUACGACGAUGAACAGAUGAAAGAAAACGAAAACAAGGGGGUCAUUGGAAUUUCCGAGCACAGGGAAAAAGAUUCAAUUUUGAAGGCUGGUCACGAAAGGAGAAUAUCAGUUGAGAAUGAUGAAGAACAAAAAGAAGUUUAUGAGAAUGCAUUUUCUUCAAAAGAAAAGGAAAGCUCUUCCGAGCGGAUAGAGAGAAAGCCUGAAAGAAAGAAAGUCUCCACCAGCUAUGAAAAAAUAAUUCCACAAAAAUCUAUACAAGGACAUUUCCCCCGAGCCGCAAGUGAUUCAAAGUCGGGAAAAAUCAAAGGAAAGAAUAAUAGUAAUUUUUUGCAGAGUAUUGCAAGUCGCUCGAAUAGUGCCAUGAAAAAGAUACGAAAGAGUUUUAGCAGAAAUAAUUCAUCAAAUAAACCUCGAGAAAGCAAGACUGAAAAUAUUGAAACUGAUGAGCAUAACCUUUGUGCACGUAAGGCAAACGAAACCACAAGUGAUGAAGUAGUUCUUACAGUGAAAAACUGGGAUAAUGCUGGAACAAAUGAUGAGACGUUAACAAAAGAAAAUGCAGAUAUCGGGGAAAGUUCAAUUGACCACAACGCAAAAAGCAAAAAUGUGAAAGAUAACUGA